UCAGCUUUCGGUUGGCGGUUUCCCGCUGGCGGAACGGAAGCAAAACCGCCCGUGACGUCAAAAAAGGCGUCCUCUCCCAGUUGCCAUGGUGAAGUCUAUGCGGCCAUCUUUUCUGUGGUCAAGUCGCCACAAACCUAUUGUGGCGGGGCGCUAAGGAAAAUCUUCAGAGUAAGACGGGGGAAAGGAAGCAUAUGUCUCAGUAAUAACGAACUGACAGAACCACGAAGGAUCGGAGGCUGGCAGCAUUAGCUAAAUUACUUAAUGGGAUGCAGGUUCCGCAGGCAGGCGGAACAAUUGAAGCGUAUCAGUGAGGUUUCUGCCCGGAUUUUGUGAGCCGCUUCCGUUGCUCAGCGGAAGUGUGGGUCGCAAGAGGACAGACUCUGAGAAGAAUCCGCUAUCGGCUGUGGGCACAACCGGAAUCAUGUCGAGUUUGGCGGUGAGAGACCCGGCAAUGGAUCGAUCACUGCGUUCCGUGUUCGUGGGGAACAUUCCGUAUGAGGCAACUGAGGAGCAGUUAAAGGACAUUUUUUCGGAGGUUGGUUCUGUUGUCAGUUUCCGGCUGGUAUACGAUAGAGAGACGGGAAAACCCAAGGGUUAUGGCUUCUGCGAGUAUCAAGACCAGGAGACCGCGCUUAGUGCCAUGCGGAACCUCAAUGGGCGGGAGUUCAGCGGGAGAGCCCUUCGGGUGGACAAUGCUGCCAGUGAAAAGAAUAAGGAGGAGUUAAAGAGUCUAGGGCCUGCAGCGCCCAUCAUUGACUCACCCUAUGGGGACCCCAUCGAUCCAGAAGAUGCUCCUGAAUCGAUUACCAGGGCAGUCGCCAGUCUUCCCCCGGAGCAAAUGUUUGAACUGAUGAAGCAGAUGAAGCUCUGUGUUCAAAACAGUCACCAGGAAGCUCGAAACAUGUUACUUCAAAACCCUCAGCUGGCUUAUGCGCUGUUGCAGGCACAAGUAGUGAUGAGAAUCAUGGAUCCAGAGAUUGCUCUGAAAAUUCUGCAUCGCAAGAUACAUGUCACACCACUGAUCCCAGGCAAAGCUCAGUCUGUCUCUGUCUCUGGCCCUGGCCCUGGCCCUGGCCCUGGCCCUGGCCCUGGCCCUGGGCUCUGCCCAGGACCUAAUGUUUUGCUGAACCAGCAAAAUCCUCCAGCCCCUCAGCCUCAGCAUUUGGCUAGAAGACCUGUGAAGGACAUUCCUCCUCUGAUGCAGACUCCCAUCCAGGGUGGAAUGCCAGCUCCGGGGCCAAUGCCAGCUGCAGUUCCUGGACCUGGACCUGGGCCUGGUUCUUUAACUCCUGGAGGAGCAAUGCAGCCUCAAGUUGGAAUUCCAGGGGUUGGCCCCGUGCCUUUAGAGCGGGGACAAGUGCAGAUGUCAGAUCCUAGAGCUCCUAUACCUCGUGGACCCAUGACUGCUGGUGGCCUGCCUCCUCGAGGACUGUUAGGAGAUGCUCCAAAUGACCCACGUGGAGGGACUUUGCUUUCAGUCACUGGAGAAGUAGAGCCCAGAGGUUAUCUUGGCCCACCCCAUCAGGGUCCUCCCAUGCACCAUGCUUCUGGUCAUGACAGCCGAGGCCCUUCAUCUCAUGAGAUGAGGGGAGGGCCAUUGGCAGAUCCCAGAAUGCUAAUUGGAGAGCCCAGAGGACCCAUGAUAGAUCAAAGAGGUCUACCUAUGGAUGGUAGAGGUAAUAGAGAUUCUCGAGGGAUGGAGACUCGAGCCAUGGAAACUGAGGUCUUAGAAGCACGAGUAAUGGAGAGAAGAGGAAUGGAGACCUGUGCGAUGGAAACCAGAGCGAUGGAAGCAAGAGGCAUGGAUGCAAGAGGACUGGAGAUGAGGGGCCCUGGCCCCAGUUCGAGAGGCCCUAUGACUGGUGGAAUCCAGGGUCCUGGUCCCAUUAAUAUAGGGGCAGGUGGUCCUCAGGGACCCAGACAGGUCCCAAGCAUUUCAGGGGUGGGGAAUCCUGGAGCUGGCAUGCAGGGGGCAGGCAUACAAGGAGGAGGAAUGCAGGGGGCAGGCAUACAAGGAGGAGGAAUGCAGGGGGCAGGCAUACAAGGAGGAGGAAUGCAAGGGGCAGGCAUACAAGGAGGAGGAGGAAUGCAGGGGGCAGGCAUACAAGGAGUGGGCAUGCAGGGGGCAAGCAAGCAAGGCGGAGGCCAGCCUAGCAGUUUUAGUCCUGGACAGAGCCAGGUAACUCCACAGGAUCAAGAAAAGGCAGCUUUGAUCAUGCAAGUUCUUCAGCUGACUGCAGAUCAGAUUGCCAUGCUGCCUCCUGAGCAAAGGCAGAGUAUCCUCAUUUUAAAGGAACAAAUCCAGAAAUCCACUGGAGCUUCUUGAAAGGUUUUAGAAUGUACUUGGCUUUAGUUUCAAAAAGUUUAUUGUUGUAGCAUGAAGAAUGGGUGCAAAAAGCUAACUUCUGCAACCCUACACUUGAAUGGUUAGGGUUUCCCUCCUAGAACCUAAUGUCAUUUCUUGUUGUCUUUUUAUUUCUUUGUUUUCUUUUUUAUUUUAGAUUGAGGGUGGGGGAAGGAGGGAGUGGGUCUGUUCACUUGAAGUCACUGUAAAUAGGCAAAAAUAGCUCUGAACAUGAUUAUAUUAUACCAAAUAAGAUAACAAAGGAUAUGCAACAAUAUUAAAAUGUCUACAAUGUUAACUACAUUUUUAAAAUAUUGAGUAAAACUAUGUGAAAACUGCACAUAAAGACUAAAAGGUGACUUGUUAAAAUGGUAAUGUACUAAGAUUUAAGAUUUUUGGUUGUAUAACAAAAUAAAGAAGUUUACCUCAAGA